GGGAGAGAGAGAGAGAGAGAGAGAGAGAGAGAGAGAGAGAGAGAGAGAGAGAGAGAGAGAGAGAGAGAGGGUUGAGUUUGACAGAGCAAAGCAGUUUGGUGCAUGGUCCAUUUCGCAUGAGAGGCAAACGUUUUAUCCAUGAUGACAGCAGCGUAAACCCAAAAGGGGAGCUGAGGGGGGAGUGACUGAUCGAUCCCGAGUUUUGUUCUGUCCGCGUUUUGUUCCGGCAAGCUUCAAGCGGAUAGAUGGCAGUGGGGGGAUACCACAUCAAGGGUAGCAGCGGAGGAGGGCAGAGGGAGAGGGGCCGGCCGUAUGGGUUGAUGCUGCUGCUGGCAUUCGGUGCAGCGCUUCUGGGAGUGAUGGCCCUGCACAAGCUCAGAGAGAGACGCAUCCACCAUCUCCUCCUAAAGGACAAGGAUCGGGAGCUCUUCUCCCUCCAUCUUCUCUUACAGAAGGAGAGAGAUAACACGAAAGAGAUCAGGAAGAAGGCAGAAGAGAUGAGGGCAAAGAUAUACUCCGUUAGGACACAAAAGAUGGAGCUAGACAGUCGGGUUCUAGAGAUGCAAUCCACUAUCAGCUCUUUGAAAGAUGAGCAGAGGACAAUGGAGUUGGCGCUCGAAGAAAAGCAAGACGAGAUCAAGUUGCUGCGCGAGAAGGAGAUGGAGAGAGGUAAGACAGAUCUUCGAGAGAGUUAUCUGAAGGAGAUCUUGAACCAGAAGGAAAUUGAAAUUGCAGAUCUAAAACGUCAGCCCCAAAGUCUGAAAGUGAGCAUGAGAGGAAGUGAAACACGGAAGGAAGAAAUAGACAAACUUGAGAAGAGAGAAGAGAGUGGGCAGAGGCAUGGAUCCUCUGAAAAUUCAACUGUCGCUAGAGGAGUCGAGGAAACUGAGAGAAAGCUUGGCGGCACAGUGUCGGUGGAAAAAGAGAAGUCGCAGGAUCAGGGGAAUGUGACAGAAGAAGGUCCAGUGCAAGGAGAAGCUACUCGUGAGAGUAACAGUUUUGAGGGCGCUGUGAUGAAUAGAGUUGAACAAGGGACAGGGAAUGACUUAUAUGUGAUCACUACGGGUAAUGGUGCUGCCAUGGAUGUAGUUGUUGAAGGAAAAGCUGAACUGAAGAAACUCGAAGAGGGGGAGAAGUCGGAGCAUCCAGGUAAUAGCACGGGUCAUUUGAGUUCAACAGUUCAAAGAAAGCUCGGUGAUGAACAUCGAAGCAGAAGUAAAGGAAAGAGGUGGAGAGCUCUUGCAAGACACAGGAGACUGGAGAGCAAGAGGAACUCUGUGACGAUGAAGCACCGGAGAUUCAUUGAGGAUGCAGGAAAAGAAGAAAAGCACUCGAGGGUUAAUACAGCAAAAGAGCAGAAUCGAGAUAUGAACAUGAGGAGAACAAACGAGUUGGAUCAAGAAGGUGGUGUCAUAAAAUUCUCUCAGGACUUUAACGGGAACAAUCUGGUGAGGAAAGAAGAUAGCGAUGGUGGGAAUAGACUUGAGACUGGAGGAGAAGGCGAAGAAAGCACGAAGCAGGAUCGAGAUGGUCUUGAGAGUGGAGGAAGUGGCAAUGAAAACCCAAAGGAGGAUCAAUAUGGACUCCAGAGUGGAGGGAAAGGUGAAGAAAGCCCAGAGGAGGGAAAGGAACUCAAAACAAUGGGUGACCUGGGAAACCAAUUUAUCGAAGAAGUGCCAAAGAAUAGGGGCAUGGAGACUGAAGCUAGGAACCCUGUGAAUGGAGGCGAAAAUGGAGUGGCUGAGGUUGAGAUCAAAGAACUAGGAAACCAAGAAGGUGAUGCCGCUGCAGAGAAUAUCAGUGAGGACGCCAAUAGUAAAGAAGCUGGUGCUAGGGAAGAGGAAGUUCCAAAUGAUCCCGAGGAAGAAGUGAGAGAAGCAGAUGUUGAGGAUCCACAAGAGUCGGAAAAGGACACAGCCAGUAGGGAUUUCUUCAAGGUAGAUGCUCCAGAGGUCGAAGAACACGAGGACGAGUACAAGGAGGAAACAUAAAGAGUCCGAGUUUUAGGCAGAACUCAAAACAGCCUUUAAACUCUCCUGUAGGGCUUGCUUAGAUUGUAUAGGUUAUGCAUAUUUGUAAGGCUAAUGGUAUUGCUUUUCUAGCAUUGACUUGUCAUGUUCUACUCGGAUGGAACCACUGGUCUUUCCAA